GGCUUGAGCGGCUUGGCUUGGGUUGCUUGUGGUUUUAAUUUUGAGUUUCGGUGUGGUGUGUUCAGAGCUUCCACAAAUUUAUAGUAUUGUGGCUGGUUUUGCGUUCUGAUAUAUUUUCUAUUUACCUUACCUUUUGCCUGAAAAUUUAUUCACAUUUAUUAUUAUCAUCUGAUAAUAAAUGCUUUUUACUAAAUAUUGGACAUGGGUAAAUAAUUAUCUGCUAUGGAUGUCAAAAGUUUAACCAAGGAGGAAUUUUUAAAGUUUUUAAAUUGUUCCCAUCACAGUGUCAGUACUAAACGAGAGAGAAUCGUGGUAUCCGGUCCACAAAACCAAAAACUAACUGUACUGAAGCAGUUUGGAAACUAUACAGCUUCUCAAGUGCAACUAGAAGAGUGUGCUUUAAAUCAUCAGGUUUUGAGAGUUCCUUUGCCCAAAGUCAACAUAGAAAGAUUACCAGCUAAACAAGUGGCAUUGAAAUUCAAGACCUUUAAAACCAAUAAAAACAGGCAGAAGAAAAGGAAUGUUGGAUUGUCGCGGUUUGGACGUAAAUUGAAAAGAAAAUUACGGGUUGCUACCAGGGCAAGCCCUAGAAGACCAAUACAGAUUCUCCAAAAGAAUACCAAACAAGCUGUGACUAAACCUCAAGUUUCCAACAAGGACAGAAAUACUAAACCAGAAAUUUCCAACAAGGACAAAAAUACUAAAACUGAAGUUUCCACAAAGGAUAAAAAUAUCAAAUUUGCAGUCUCGACCAAGGAUAAAAAUACUAAACCUUUAUUUAACACUCGAGUUAACACAAGGAGUAAAAACAAUAAACCUGUAGUUGCCCCAAAGAAUAAAAAUACCAAACCAACAGUUUCCACUGAGAUUUCCACUAACAAUAACUAUAAAACUUAUCAAAACGCCAAGAAACUGAAUAUAAUCGGUAACCAAACUGUAACAAGAUCUAGACCCAAACAAACCCUACAACAACAAAUGGCAUCAAUGUACAAAAGCCUAGGGCAGCAAGCACCGCCGUCGCCAAUUAAACCACAAUUUAUAAUCAAAUACGUCCCAUCUGAACCAACGUAUUUCCUAAAAAUGGGCGUACCAAAGGAAAAAGAAGAUGGCCUACUAAAAUAUCCAUUCGAAAGCCUGGUCAAAGACAUCAAAAACAUGAAACUCCCAUCUACUACAUGGAAAAUCAAAGUUGUGGUCAAAAACAACAAAAUCGCCUCCAUAAUUUUCACCAACAAGUGCGUUUUGGAAAGGACCGUCAGUUUCGAUGCCGUCAAUCCUCAUUACGAAAUCGUUAUCGAAAAUAAGCCCGCCAUUUUAUUGGGGUCGCCCAACGAUGUUGGUGGCGUAGAGGAUAUCGAAAUUCUAUUGAAUAUUAUUCAUACUAUCGAUGCUAAGGACUGUAUGAUUUUUUAUAAGGAUUAAUUAUGUAUAGUUCUUUUUUUGCAUUAGGUUUAAGUAAUUUUUUUAUCUUUAAAAUUAUCCUUGUAUUGGACUUGUUUUUAGUUUUCACAAUGUGCACAUUUAUUUUUAAAUAAAUGGAGAA